GGGGUUGGCGCUGUCAGUGCGAUACAGGAACACAGAAGCGAUAAGGAAAUGGCUCACGGGUCCUUUCCCAUGGCGAUGUGAUCUUUGGCUCGCCUGGUAAGACGUGGCAAACAAAACUCUGAAGACUCCAGUCGACCAGCGAGAGUGACGUGUCCCUCCUCAAAGAAAUGGCAGAGACGGAGACUGAGACCAGCCGGCAGCUCAGAUCAGCCACUGACACAGAAAAACCGAAAGGCGAUACAAAUUCCUUACCUGUGGUCAAUCGGGAAAACAACAUUGUGAAGGAAGAAUUGGAUGACAACAUAACCAAGCCAGCCGCUACCACAAAUGAAGAGGCUGAAGAUGACACUAAUGAACCAGCAAACAAAGAGCCCACAGUGCAGGCUGAUGAUAAAAGGGAAGACCUCACUGAGAAGAACGGACCUGACACGACCAGCUCACCAGCCCUGGAUCCAGUGAACGGUGACCAAUUACAUGGAUUCACAGGUGGACCUGAUUUACAUCCACAGCAAGAUCAAGACGAACCAAAAGACGAUACAAGUUCCUUACAUCAGGAAAACAACAUUGUGAAGGAAGACUUGAAUGACAACAUAACCAAGCCAGCCGCACCCACAAAUGAAGAGGCUGAAGAUGACACUAAUGAACCCACAAACAAAGAGCCCACAGUGCAGGCUGAUGAUAAAAGGGAAGGGCUCACUGAGAAGAAAGCACCUGACACGACCAGCUCACCAGCCCUGGAUCCAGUGAACAGUGACCUGUCAGGUGACACUGGUGAACUAACAGCACCGGCUGAUGUCAAAAGGGAAGACUUCACUGAGGAGAAAGCACCUGUCACGACCAGCUCACCAGCCCCGGAUCCAGUGAACGCUGACCAAUCAGAUGGACCUGAUGUACGUCCACAGCAAGAUGAAGACAUACAAAAUGAAGCUGCAGGGGAUCAUGAAAGAAGUCCAGAGCAUGAUUCCCCUGAACUGGAAAGGUUGCACACGAAAGAAGAGAUGCAUAACCAGAGAAUACCUGUUGAAACCAUUAAGUCAGUUUCUCUGGAGAGUGUUGAACGCACAGCUACAGAUUACAUUGGAAUUCUUCGGGGAAAUUUGUGGGUUCUGACUGCAGUGGCAGUUGUUGUAGUAGCUGUUCUUCUUGGCAUUUACCUGAUUCCCUCCAGCCCGCCUGAGACUCCACGUGACGAAAGCAAGGUGGACAACUUCCUCAGGCAAAUGGAAAAAGUGAAGGCUCAGUUCCCUAACCAGCGUGCGGAGCUCUGGAAAAGGAGCAGGAUUCACCUGCUGAGGCACCUCCAGACAGCCCACCCCACAGCGCCAGUGAGUCUCAUCCUGACGGCCGGCCUCAGAGCAGAGAAGACAAUGCACUGCCUGGCUCAGCGCCUGGCCUCCUCAUUAUCUUCUGCGCUCAAUGCCUCCUACCUGCACAUCGAUGGAAGCAGCGCGGCCGGCCAGGACAGCGACCAGGUCAAACUGGACAUCGAUCGCAGGCUGCAAAGUGGUUUCGAGGGGGACACACCUGUGGCCAUCAUUCACCGCUUCGAGGAGCUGCCUCCAGGAUCCACUCUCAUUUUCUAUCGCUACUGUGACCACGAGAACGCUGCCUACAAGGAGACUUUUCUGAUCUUCACAGUGCUGCUGGAGGAAGAAGAGGAGAUUCAUGCCAAACUUCAUUUGAAUGCUGUGGAGGAGAUGGUGGACGACCACCUCAAGAAGAAGUUCCUCUCUGAUGACCACCCUGUGUCUUUUGACAGGAUGGACAUCGAUAAGUACGGUGGACUGUGGAGCCGCAUUUCUCAUCUUAUCCUCCCAGUGGCAGCAGAGCAUAGGAUAGAAUACAAAGGCUGCCAGGGCUAAAACAGAUUAUCAAUCACGUUCGAACUUUAACUCCAAAUACAAUACUAAUGCAACUGUUUCAGGUCAGGCACUGGAGGACUCUGGUCAUUGUGGAAUCUGUACAGUCGUUUUAAAUACCCAAAGGUUUCUUUUUGUAUUGAAGCUCACUUCAGAUGAAGGCAUCCUGUAGAAAAAAACAAGACACUUAAGAUAAUUGUGGGAUAUUUUCUGAUAUUAAUUGAAAAAGUUUGAUAAAACACUGUGGCACUUUAUAAGUAUUUGAAUAAAUGUAAUUAUAGAUCUAAUCCUGGGGGUUAUGAGGAUUUUACUGUGUAUGAACAACUUUUAUGAUAACCACUGCAAUGUGUGUCAUUGUUAAAAGUUACGGGACUUGUUUUGUCAUGUCUAACAAACAAAAUACAUAACACAACUAUUCAUUUGAUAUCACAACACAGGGUUGGUUUUCAUGUGCAAUGAUUGUAUAUGUAUGCUCGUCAGAGAGAAAUAUGUACACUAUGAAACGUGCCUUACAGUACAAAUAAACUCAAGUUCCUAUAA